CCGUUCCCUUGCCUUUAUCUUCAAAAUACGACCUAACAAACAUACAGGAUAGAUUAUGAUUUUGAACUUGUGUUGAAAGUGAUGAUGGUGAAAAAGUCGAUAAAUUUUUUAGUAUAUUAUUGGAUAAUUUUAGAAAUAUACCUUUAAUUAUAUUAUUAAAAUUAAUGGCGAAAUCGGAUUUUACACGUGAUCGUAGAUAACCAAUGUAUAAAAAUGAGCUGUAAAAUAGUAUUAGACGCACCUGGAAUAUUAAGCCCAGGAAGCACUAUGUAUGGCCGAGUAGUUUGUACAUUUUCUUCAAAUACAUAUAUAAAAGAAAUCAGAUGCAAACUGAGAGGAACGGAGACGACAAGUGUUCGGCAUGGAAAGAGUACUUAUGUUGGAAGCAAUCGCUUUCUAGAUUUACGAUUGAGACUGCUUGGUGAGAGUAGCUUGCAGUCUGGGGUAUAUGAAUACCCGUUUUACUUUCCUUUGCCCGUGGGUGUUCCUAGUUCAUUUGAAGGAGAAUGGGGCAGUAUUACUUACACAUUAAAGGCGGUUGUCGAUAUGCCCCUUGCUUUUAAUUAUAAAGACAAAUUUACUUUAACAGUAACAGUACCAAUAGAUUUUAAUAAAAUCCGUCGAGAAUUACAAUUGACUCCAAUUGUUUAUCAGAACGAAAAAAUUGUAUGUUGUUGGUGUUGUGCCAGUGAACCAAUUACUAUAAAUCUCUUUCUAGAAAAAGAUGCGUUUGUUCUUGGAGAAAUGGCUAAAGUUAGUGUAGAAAUCACCAACUGGUCUAAUACGAAUGUUGAAGAGUUUAUAUUAACUCUUAAUCGAGUAACAAUGUAUCAUUGUGAACUAGAAGGUGCUCGACAUACAAAAGAACAAGAAUUGAUAGGCUUCCAAAAUGCUACUGGUGUUGGCGCUCACGGCAAGAGGACUUAUACAGUGAAUUUUCAAAUUCCCACAACAAUUUCUGUUUACAAUUUAACUCCAUGUCAGUUAAUUAAACAAAUUUUUAUACUGAGGGCAGAAGCAAUUCUACCAAUUUGUCAUCAAAAUUUAACUGUCGAUGCUGAAAUUAAAUUGGGACAUAUUGGAUUACACGAUAAUAACACUAUCCAAGAAUCCCACUUAGAAUUUGAAGAGUUAGAAGGUGCUAACUACGAUACGCCUCCCAGAUAUAGUACAUUAUUUUAAUGGAUAUAAUAUUGGAUAUUUAAGAUAUUUAAGAACUUACCCUUUUAUUGCAUUUACAUUAUAUUGUUAUUGUUGAAUAAAUAAUAAUAAUCGCUAAAUCGA